UAGGAAGGCUUGCCCCUCCCUGCUCUCUUUUACGCACAAGCAAACCCAGCUUCUGUUAUGGCAGGGGCUGCACAUUGGCAUUUACCAAACAGCCACGGCAUGCCACUCUCCCUGACAGCACCUCCCCGCCUUCUCAGGAGACGGACAGGCUGAACUGAGCUGGGAGCAGACUGUAUAGUGGACUACAGUCUGACAAACACACCCUCACAUCAGCAAGACAAAGUGGGGGAAAACUGCUGAACACAUGUCACCAGAUACCAAAGGUCAAACCAGAUAAUGUGGCAGUAAAUUGUUUGGACAAGUGACGACAAAAAAGUGAUGGAAGGACAAAACGGAAGUGUCUCGCCUCAUAAAACAACAGAAAAUGGAAUUAAAGGGAAGCCCCCGUACUCGGUGGAAACCCCUUAUGGCUUUCGACUAGACUUGGAUUUCCUAAAAUACGUAGAUGACAUAGAGAAAGGCAACACAAUCAAAAGAGUCCCCAUCCAGCGCCGAAGCAAGGGCCCUAGAGCCAGCACUCUCCCCAGGCACCUCAACCCUUCUGGGUGUGGCUACCGCCCGAGCCCCUGGGGAUCUACUGGAGCUCUUGGCCCAAGGUCCCGCCUGUCGGACGCCAAUCACCAUGGCUACACUUCGUGGGCAAAUGAUCACAGGUCGCAACUUUCUCCCACGGGGCUCAAAUCCCUGGCAGAGAUGGAGGCCAGAAUCAAGGAGUUUGAUGAGCAACCUCUGGGUGAGCACAUCAGACCUCAUCUCCUGCGCGCCUCCAGUCUGCCACUCACGGUGUUACUGAGACAGGGAUCAGAGUCCACGGACGACCCCGGCAGCCUCCGGAGUUCAAUGGAUAACCUUGGAGGGAGAAACAUCUCCUGUGAAGACGUCUUCUACUCCUCGGACAGCCCUCGGCCCAAGGACUGCUCGGGGCUGAUGAGGCGCCUGACCGAGGCCCUCGAACGUGUGGGAGAGCUGGAGAUGGAGGUGAGGGAGAUCCCAGAGCUCAGGGCUCACAUCUGCAUCCUCCAGGAGGAAAGAGAGAGGCUCCGUCUGGGCCUGAAUCCACAUAUCCCACCCCCUUCAGUGAACGGAACCACAAACCCUUACACCUCCUCCCACUACGGCACGGCGGACAUCAAAAGGCCUCGGCAUGAACGCCACAUAAUGUUUCCUAUAAAUCGCAGCGACUCUAAUCCCACCCACGAGUGGAGGACUAGUACAGAUCUGGAUGAGCUGCUGACAGUGACGUCCCUGCAGGCCAAAGUCGCUAUGCUGGAGCAGAAGCUCCAUGAGACUGGCCUGGAGCUGCAGAGGGCCUUAGGGCUGCUGAGGGAGCAGCAGGAGGAGAGCAGAAGGAAAGAUGACAAGAUGGAGCACCUUACCAGGAACCCUGCGGUGUGGGUCCGUGCAGAGAGGGUGGUGGUGGACCAGGAUGGAGAUGAGACAGUGGUGAGAUCCAUUGAGCCAUACAGUAAAGUCUCAAGAAGUCCAGAUGCAAGAACUGUCACCACAAACGGUCAAAGAAGUCGACAACAAAACCCGCUAGCGUCGGUGGAUCCUGGAGACGCUUCAGAAGAAACAGCAGUGGUCGUCCACCACGUAAAGAAGAUCAAGAGGCUCCUGGAUCAGCAGUGGGAGUGUUUGUGUGCAGACCGCGAGUCAGGAAAGGAGGGUAAACCUCUACAGCACCCAGACCCCAAAGUCAACUCCCUGCAGCAGGAGAUGAUGGGACUCGUCGACAUCCUUACCUCCUACUACACCCAGCAUGGACACGGUGAUGGAGAGAGGAUUCAACAUGGAGCCACUAAAUCCAUCACGAGGACAGACGGAUGCGCCCGGAUGUCAAAAAGCCUACACUCUGUGGGUGUUAAUGAAGGGCGCAAAAGUGGAAAUGUGGUUGGGCAGGAUUGCAUGAACCAGAGUGGGCAGAAGGAGAGCAGCAUCAUCCCCAGGGAGAUGGCUGCCGUCCAGGAGGAUGAAGAGCCACCAGAGGAGAAGAGACGGAUGGAGGGAGUGAAGCAAACGAGCCCAGACGGACAGAUGAUAUCGGGAGGAGCGGGAUCAGAGCGGACAGAUGGAGGCGGACCGUCUGCGGAAGCUGAGAAAGCGGCCAAGACGAAACCGCAGCCCCCAGGAGAACAGAUGGAGGGGAACUCUGGCUCAGAAAGCACCACCGGGGGCAGUGAGUCGGUGAGCUCAGAUUUUCUGGCUGCCUGUCAGUUCCUCAAAGAUCACAUGGACAACAUGGAUAACCCCAAUGAUCACAUGAGGAAGGCCCUAGUCGUGUUGUUUCAGCACUGGUUCGGUGCGGCAGCAGAGGAGGCUUCAGUGGCCAGCAGGGUGGCCGUGUACCUGAAAGAAGUGAAGAAGACCACGCCGUCACUGCUGGCCUUCUUAAUCAACCUGGCUGACGACAACGGCAACACAGUGCUGCAUUACAGCGUGUCCCACUGCAACUACAGCAUCGUCAGCCUGAUACUGGACACAGGUGUGAGUGAUGUGCGCCUUCAGAACAACGCGGGCUACACAGCGGUCAUGCUGGCCUCACUGACAGCCCCUGAUGGGCCAGGAGGCAUGGAGGUGGUCCGCAAGCUAAUGGAGCUGAGCAACAUUAACAUUCGCUCCAGUCAGACGGGCCAAACGGCUCUGCACUUGGCGGUGAGACACGGGCGGGUCGUGAUGGUUCGCCUGCUGCUGAGCUGUGGAGCGGACACUAACCUCCAGGACAGCCAGGGAACCACGGCCCUGAUGUUCGCAUCCGAGAGAGGCCACACGCACAUCGCAAGGCUGCUGCUGGAGAGGAGCCAGUGUGACCUCACCCUGACUGACAAGCGUGGUCAAACUGCACUCUCUAUCGCCAUGAAAGGAUCCCACACUGACACAACCGCCCUGCUGCAGGCCCACGCUAAAGCUCGAGCGUUGUAGUACUGGAAAACUGGAAAAGAAUCUGCAGACAUACAGUACAGUACGAUGCUCUCACAUUUCACUCUUUUCUGUCUGAUGCACUUUGAAACCCAGUUUAUCGCUGACGCUGUGUGCUUGGGUUGAGCUGUAGCUGUCAUAUAUUGUUUCUGAACUCGUUCAUCUGCACGAGCACUAGCUUGAGUUUUGGAUGGGAUGACAUCGUUGUAACAACAUCAUCAAUGAGUGACGUGAAGCUUUAAUGUGUCCUGAUUGCUGAUGCAGUAUACAAUAAAUGUGCUGUUUUCCAUCUGUCUUCACUGUCGAUGUAAAUACAUCGCAGUUAUGUCUGAUCUUUGCACAUCCAAGUAGAAGCUUAGCUUUGCAAACUAUGCAAUUAAAUAAAUAUUUAUUUUGAUAUGUGUAUUGUAUUGGUCACAUGAAUAUGUUGACAAUUAUCAAAAGGUCUGUGUUGUUUUGUGUUUUUAGAAAUUUGCGAAGCACUUUUUUAAAUAAAAUGUGUGUAAAAUAUACAAAUAAAAGCAAAAUAGCCAUGCUGCAUGCCAAGCACAUGACACAUUUUUGGUGCCAAUAAACCAACAUGUUGAUUUCACUCACUAGUAACUGCUAUACUGAUGCAUAAACUGCCGGUUUCUAAUAAAAUGACAGAAAACUGAA